UUGCCACACCUGAUCGUUCAAAAACCUUAUUUCAAACCCUAAUCCCUUCCCACAUUAUUCCAGGCGCUCUCUCUCGAAAGUUCAUAAACCCUAAACCAGAACUUCUUCACCCAUCAACAAUGGCGGACGACGACUACAACGACGUUGACAUGGGAUACCAGGAUGAGCCUCCAGAGCCCGAAAUUGAAGAAGGGGCAGAGGAGGAGGAUGUUGACAAUUUGAACAAUGAUGAUGUUGCAGGAGAUCCCAUCGAAGCCGAGGAGAAGGAAGAACAAGAGGGGGUGGAACGGCCUCGGAAAACCUCGAAAUAUAUGACCAAGUACGAGCGUGGUAGAAUCUUGGGUACCCGUGCUCUGCAGAUUAGCAUGAAUGCCCCUGUUAUGGUUGAAUUGGAGGGCGAGACUGACCCGCUUGAGAUUGCUAUGAAGGAGCUUCGUGAGCGGAAGAUACCAUUCACCAUACGCCGCUACCUGCCUGAUGGAAGCUAUGAAGACUGGGGCGUAGAUGAAUUGAUCGUCGAAGACUCCUGGAAGAGGCAGGUGGGAGGUGAUUGAUCAGAUAUCGUUUAUGCAUGGAAAAUGGUUUCCGAUGUCUAUAAGUAUUAGGAAGAUCUCUCUUUUGGCACUGGACCUAUGAACUUACUAUGUUGGAAGACUUAAAAACUUUUUUGGUAAAUAUGUUGAAACAAUGCUGAGACACCCCAGCAAUGUAGUUCAUCAAGUGUGCUUAUUUUCA